UAGCCCACCGCCUUCGCCGCUACGGCAGAGACAAGUCUUACACUAAAAAAGAGGCACCACCAAAAACAGCUACCAACUCUCCCGCCUAACGUGGGUAUAUUACUUACUGCUGCAUUGCCCAAGCUAGGAGUCAAUUCUGGUAGCUGUUCUCUUUGCACAGUCCAGGGCAUACCAAUUAUCUGAGAUUGAGAGCUACAUCAUCAUGCCGAAAGCGAAGCGCAAAGCAGAGGAGCCGCAUGCUGUGGACCAGAAACCCUCUAAGAAGAAAGCUAAGACCACUCCAAGCAACGAAGAUGCCCAAGCCCGCUUUAGGAAGGGGCUCUUCGACAAGAAGGUCCUCGACCAGUACACCGGGGAGUACUCCGAGUCGGCGCCGUACAAGCAUGCCGUCAUUCACGAGCUGAUUGACGACAAGCUCCUGCGUGCCGUGCGGGACGAGAUCAAAGACAAUGUCUCUUUCACCCCCAAGGAAACCGACAUUUACAAGAUCCACCAGUCGGGCGACCUCGCAAACCUCGACGGGCUAGGCGACGAAGCCCUGGCCAAGCUGCCCUCCCUUCUCGCCCUCCGUGACGCCAUGUACUCCCAGGCCUUCCGCGACUACGUCGCCCACGUUACCGGCUGUGGACCCCUUAGCGGCCGCAAGACGGACAUGGCCAUUAACGUCUACACCCCCGGCUGCUAUCUGCUGUGCCACGACGAUGUCAUCGGUAGUCGCAGGGUCAGCUACAUCCUCUACCUGACCGACCCGGACAUCCCCUGGAAGCCCGAAUGGGGCGGCGCUCUCCGCCUAUUCCCCGUCAAGGAGCUCGAGGGCAAGGACGGGCAGGUGGCGCACACGCCAACCCCCGACGUCAGUAAAGUCAUACCGCCUGCGUGGAACCAGCUGAGCUUUUUCGCUGUGCAACCAGGAAGGAGUUUCCACGACGUCGAGGAGGUAUAUCAUGCCGAAUCCAAGGAGCAGCUAGUGCGCGAGGGUGGCCGCGUGCGUAUGGCUAUCUCGGGCUGGUUCCACAUUCCCCAGAUCGGCGAGCCUGGCUAUGUCGAAGGUGCUGAGGAGCGGAAUACCAAGAACAGCGGGCUCAUGCAGCUGCAGGGCAAUCCAGAUCAGUACGACGAGCCGCGGCCGCAACCGGUCCCUGCCAAGGCGAAGGGGGAAGAGAGCGAGGAUUUUGACGAGGCCGACCUCGAAUUCCUUCUUCGUUUCAUGGCCCCGACUUAUUUAACGCCAGACACGAUUGAGCAAGUCUCGGAGCAUUUCGGCGACAGCUCAAGUAUUACGCUACCAAAUCUACUUGGAAAGAAGUUCGCGGCAAGGCUGCGCACGUAUAUAUUAGCGCAGGAAAAGGCGAGCAAAGAUCUACCUGAAGACAGCGCCAAGAUCGAGAAAGAGACUCCCUGGCGUGUCGCGAAGCCACCCCAUAAACACCGAUAUCUAUAUCAACAGUCCUCAUUACCAUCAUCGUCGUCGAAAGACAACAAGAGCAAAGGAAAAGGCAAAAAGGCACGAGAAGAAAGCGACGAAUCCGACUCCCCGAUUCGCGAACUCCUCGACGAAUUCCUCCCCAGCCCGCAAUUCCGCCACUGGCUCCAGAUGGCGACGGGCUGCACGAUCGAAAGCCACGACUUCCUGGCGCGCCGCUUCCGGCGCGGCAAAGACUACACGCUCGCCACAGGCCACGAGGGCAAGCCGCGCCUCGAGCUCAACCUGGGCAUCACGCCCACGAAAGGAUGGGGUGAUGACGACGACGACGGACAGGUUGACGAGAACGAGGAAGAGAACGAAACAAGCAGUAAGAAGAAAGCGAAGAAGGAUAAAAAAGGAAAAUCCAAGGGCAGUAAUUCCUCAGCAGUAGAAGCGGUAGUUGAAAAAGAAGAAGAUAAAGAAGAAGGAGAAGGCGAAGUAGGCGGUCACGAAGUCUACAUGGCAGGCGACGAGGGCUCCGACAACGAGGACGCGGCGAUCUACAAAUCGAGCCAUCACGCUGACGACGAGGACAACAUCCUGUUCUUCCAGGCCGCGGCGUGGAACAGGCUUUCCCUCGUCCUCCGCGAUAGCGGGGCCCUGAGGUUCGUGAAGUACGUCUCUCGGCGCGCGAAGGGCGACCGGUGGGAUGUUAGUGGGACGAUGGAGGUCGAGGAGGAAGAUGGUGAUGAUGAGGGGGAAGGAGAAGAGGGGUAUAUAGAUCCGUUGGCGGAUGAUACGGAGGAGGAGUGGAAGGGGUUUUCGCCUUCUGAGGAUAGUGAUUCGGAUUGAGUGGUUGAUUGAAUUUUGGCUGUUGGUCGGUCUAGGGUAGGAAAUUCGGGAGUGAAAAUGUGUGUGUGUGUGUGUGUAGUGUUUUGAUACCAAAUCAUGUCCAGAAUGGAUGGAUACAUGAACCAAACAUUAAUAAAAUAUAAUAUUCCUGUCAUUCUCUUUCAUUGCUUAAAUUGCUAGUUAGAAUCGCAGCUAUUUCCCCUUCCUUUCUUCUCUUAUAACAGAAUAUAAGUAAGUAAGUAGAUAUAUAUUGUAUAACUUGUCUUCAACAGUACCAUAUACUCUUCUCCUCUUCUAUUCUAUCAGGUCUACAUAGAAUAAUCUA